AUGCCCUGUCUCGCGUCUCUCCACUCUUGGCUGGCGGGCUGGCGGGCAGCGUGGGCAGCGUGGGCAAUGGGGCCGGUUGAUGCGAGGGAUCCCAGUCCGCUGGGACCAAACAACUCAAGAGUUGUACAGAAGAAGCAGCAGCAAGCAGAAUGGGAGUUGGGGAGAAGAGCACGGUCAAGACGGGGUACCGAGCCUUGUGCUGGUGGGCGGCAGCGCACCCUAGUUAACAAGUUGUACCUAUUAAACAAUGCAUCGGGCUGUUCCUUUCAAGGGCCGCCGCAUCCUCCGUCCUUGGGCGGAAAAUGGGCCGAAAGCUACCUGGUGCUUGGGUAG